AUAGACUCCGCGAGAGCGGCACGUGCGUGUAUGCGAGAGAACGAACUCAGCGGGCUCGAGCUUGCGUGUCUGUGUGCGAGAGAGAGAGAGAGAGAGAGAGAGAGAGAGAGAGAGAGAGCGAGUAGCGAGCGAGCGCUAACGGCGGCCGAAAACUCGCUCAGUGAGUGAGUGUCUGUCGCGCCGCGGAGAGACCCCGAGAGAGCGACUCGUCUCCUCUCCUCGUAUAUAUACUUAUAUACACACACCUCCUCCAUUUUCUCUCUGUCUCUUGUCGCGAGUGUGUGAUUACGUUUACCAUAUAUAUGAAACAGUUGUCUGUUGUGUGUUUUCUCGGUAUAUCUAUCGCGAGCGAGAGAAAUUAAUAAGUGUCGCCGACGUUGUUUUCUGCAUGUGUCUGCGAGAACUCGUGCCGUACGCGUGAGAGUGUGUAUCCGUGUGCGCGUGUGCCUGUGUAUAUACAUAACAAGCGGGGGCACAUAUAACACACAGGAAAGAACAGAGCGAGAGAGAGAGAUAUCUACUUCAUACAUUGGCGUAGCGAGCGCGUGAAAGGGUCGCCGCCGCGCCUGUGUAUAGUACAGAGAGCAAGUGAGAAGAGUAGCAUUUAUUAUAGACAUACAACGAGAAGAAAAAUCGAAGAACCGAAAAUGGACGCGCUGCGCGAGCAGGUGAUGAUCAAUCAGUUCAUGCUGGCUGCCGGCUGUGCCAGGGAACAAGCCAAGCAAUUGCUCCAGGCCGCGCACUGGCAGUUCGAGACGGCGCUCAGUAUAUUUUUCCAAGAGGCUGCGAUACCCUCGUGCGCUCAAGGACCCGGUGGUACACACUUUGGACAGAUAACGCCAUGCAACACACCGGCAACUCCACCGAAUUUCCCGGACGCUCUGCUGGCCUUCUCAAAAAUGUCGGCGGGAGAGAAAACGCCCUCCGGCAUGUCGCCAAGCCAGAACGGCCUCGGGCUGAACCAGCAGCAGCAGACGCCGGCCCAGCGAUGUAGCAGUGUGUCGGGCAGCCACGGGCAGCACCAUCACCACCAUCACCACCAGCAGUCGCCGGCGGCUCAGCAGCAGUUCGGCCUGGGCGAGCCUCAGAGAUAAGAGAUACUCGUCCCGACGAGAGGCCUGCUCGUGGCAGCAGAUCGUCAACAUCUUCAUCGUCAUCAUCGUCAUCGGCGUCCUCGUCAGAAGGUGUAACACGUGCUCCAGUGCUCUCUUCAUACCGCACAACAAGAGGCAAACACAUCGUAUAUACACACUCACAUUGUUAUACACAAACAUUGACAUACGAGAAGGCGCAGCAGCGCGCGCGUCCUCCUCGCUGUUUUACCGACCGUCGGUAACCCGUUUGGUUUGCUUAUUUCGUCGUAUUCAUAUGCCAGAGGAGAGAGUCGUAAGCGCGUUUGAUUCGCGCUCAGUGCCGAUGGAUGCUAGAGUUCCUGAGAGAUGUAAACACACGAUAGACACUAACACACACUCGUACUCACACAUAUCCAGGUCAGCUGCGAGACUGGAAUUAUGGAGUCGGGCGAAAUGCACGUCGAUAAAGAGACGAGCAAAGAAGAAGUGAAUUGAACGAAGUAUAAACGUAUGUAGUGCGAUGAUCCCGUGGUGUUGCGCGAUGCACGCGAUGUAACGACUCGUUCCAGGCUCUGAAUUUUUAUGAGUGAUAUAACAAUCUAUGUUCUCGUGCGGUCUAUGGGAUGCAGUCUCUUGUCUCCCGAGGAGAUGGCAAAGUUGUUUGGUUAUUGACGAAUUGAAAGCUUUCGUUUUUCUUUCUUUUUUUUAUCGAAUGACAAAAGUUUGGAUCCCGGUUGUACCGGUGCUCCAUGACUCUAAAUUUUUCAUACAUAUCGAAUUAAUUUUGGUUUGACGUUUAGAAUGUAGUAUAUAUGUACAUGAUUUACAUGUAAUUAUUUGUGUAAAUAAUCUGGAAUUUGUAUUGAAAGAAAUUUUUGUGGAUCACCAAAAUACUGGAUAAUGUGACGGGUUGUUAAUUUAUAAUUGAUGAUUGUUAAGUGUACAUAAGUAUUGAGCAGAAACAUAAAGUAACUGGAAUUAAACGAGGAGAAUUUAAAUUAUUGGUGUUGCUGUCCGAUUACGAUAUUUCAAUCCCCCAAUAAUCAACUUCUAUUGCUCCGUAUCACCUGUGAUUAGAUUGAUCACUUAACUGAAAGCUAAGAGCAAAACCGUUAAAAAACUCUUGUUAAGAAGAACAAACAAGUCCAUUGAUGUCGAUUUUACGAUGUUACUAAAAAAACUUUUCACUCUUAGCUUAUAAACAAAGACUGGCUCGAUUUUUCGUUCUUUAAAAAUUCAGAGUUCUUCAAACAAAAAAUGGAUGAAGCGAAAUCCGAGGUAGUGCGUAGAUUGAGCUAUGUGUCGUAGUUAAAAGACGAAACCGUCCCUCGCCGUUGAAACGUCGAAUAAAAUUGUAAGGACGCCGACGCGGGGGGCCAUAGAUUUGGUUUAUUUUUUUUAAAUGCGUCUGUUUCCCGGAUUUUUUCGGACUGUAAUUCUCUUCUGAAAUUCGACUGAUAAAACUCUACUCACUGAAUCGAUGUUCUCCUAUACACACCGUUGCGUUCUACUCGUGGUCUCAAAGCUAAUUUUUGCACAAAAAUUUACUGAUAUAAGGUUUUUGUGCGUCCAUACGUAAAUAAUGUUCAAUAUAGUUGUUAUUCAAAUCCAUAAUUAAGAAAAGAGUUUAUGUUAAGAGAAUGCGUACAUCGAUUCCCGGUUUUAUCAAGUAAAAUUUUCCUCCAGAGAGGAUGUUACGGAGGGACAGAAGACGCGAGCUUGUUAUCAAGUCAGGACAAUAGGACCUUCAUGCAUGAGUUGAAGCUUUUACGUACAAUUGUACAUGUAGUUCGAAAAGGAGACGAAAUACGUUUUCGUCGAUUACAAAACGAUGGCAGAGAAAUCAAGCGCUUUCGUUCAAUCUUUUUUGUCGAUAAGGGGGUUAAGGAGAGGGGGCAGUAGACGAUUAAAGAAGUAACGGAGAGUACUGCUUUUGUUUAUAUGUGACAGUUUCCAGCAUUAAUUGUUUCAUUAAAGUGAUUAUUCGUUCGAGAUUGCCGAUACGACUCUGUAAAUGCAACUGAAUUAAUGAAGACUCGUGAUUGUUUAUAAGUUUUCCUGUUCGAGUGAUUUCUUAAGCAUAUAGUACAAAAAAUAAUAAUUAUUAAAUGUGGUGUAUGAUUGAUACUUUGAAAAUUUCUUGUCACGUUGACUUUUAAAAUUUUCGAAACUAAUGUAGAUUAAAGAAACCUGUAAAUAAUUUAAAAAGUAUAAUGUUUAAAAGAUAAAAAAAAUAAAAUUUCAUGUGUAAUCUAAGUGUAUAAAAGAAAUUUUUGCUCUAAAGGCUAAACUUUUAAAAUAUUGCUAAAUAAAGUUACUAUUCAAUGUAUUGAAUAUUUUCUUUUUUUUAUAAAUUAAUCGUUCAGAUUAUGAAAGUGUUAAACAAGCCAUCAAACGUUCGGUGUUUGUUGUAUAAUAUGGUAAUUGCAUGUUUGAACAUCGCGGUAACAAAAAGGACGCAUUUAUUUUUACAUGAUUUUAUAUAAAAUUAAAUCAAAAAUUAAUAAUACAAAGACAAGCGUUAGCUUAGAAAAGGUAUUAUUUUGGUAGCCUGUAACGAUUAUUUCCUCCGAUUAAAACGACAACAAAUGUAUACUUCGUAAUGCAGAGUUUAUUUUCUUAUACAGAGACAAAAUAUGUAAUCAGAGAAAUUUCGUAUGAUAUAUAUUCAAUAUAUAAAUAAAUCGGCUUCAUUAAAAUUGAAAUUAUUACACAGACUUACAAUAUAAUAAUGUUUAAAGUAACGCGACUUAUUCUGAAACUCCUUUCUGAACGUUUUUGCAAAUCAUCGAAUAAUUUUCGUCCUUCGUAUCAUAUAAAAUGGGCAAUAGUUAACUUCUACACAAAGUUAUAAAUGUAUAUAUAUCUACUUAACUUCUUAAAGCGAGAAACAGUAGUUUGAAUUCAAAACUUUUGUUCUGUGGUCCUUAUCUUUAUAUUUUUUUGACGUCGUCUUCCAAAUAGAAUCUGCGUCUGCAAACUUUGAAUUUUUAAAACCAAUUUCAAAAUGUUUUUCGUUGUCAUUUUGCGGGCAGACCUUGAACUCCAACAAACACAGUACUGUACUGCGGUAUCACUUCACGUCACUAUAAAUCUUAUAGAGCAUAUUCUGUUUCAUUAAUAAUUGCUAGUAUUUCUCCAACGCUCACUCGUAUGCAUUCGUUAUCAGACAUAUAAAAAUUUGUUUCACAGGCUUCCUCAAGCUAUUAAUUCAAAUCUUGUGAUUGUUUUAAUCAAGGACUCAGUUAACUGUAAAUUUCUGAAAAAGAUUUCAACAAUCGAACGACUUUUAUGAAUCAAUGUACAUAAUAACAAUAAUGCGCAUAAGUAACCAUACAAUACGCUUACUCUCUCCAUCAGGGUUCAGCAUGUAGGAUAGGAUGGACAUAAACGAUCGGAAAGUGCUGCGAUCGCGUGUCUGAUGAUACCGUAAAAAAGCGAAAUAAACAAAGCUCGCUCGGUCGCUUCAACGUUUCCUGAAUAGUCUCCGCAACCUUGAGAGGCGAUAUGCACUUGAACUUCGCGCGAUGCUACAGCCCUUGAAACUAUACACGCAAUCGCAGCCUUGACCUUCGCCUUGAAUCGACCCACUUCCGCCUCAGACUCGAGCGAAAUGUUUUAACAAUAAAACGACCAAAUUGACGCAAUUGUACUCCUGCUCUCGCGAAGAAAGCAAAAAUUUGAUCACAAAGGCAGAAUCAGAAGCGGUGUGUUUACAUAUGAGACUGAUCCGCGCAAACACACGCUACAUAAUCCCGCAUUGCAUCAUCAGCUCUAGUUUUCCCUUUAGCCCUGACCUUUAUACACGACGCAUAUACACUGCUACUGCCUUUCCACCCUUUGUCUCUCUCGUUAUUAUUACUGCUCUUGUUUAACACAGGAACUAAAGGGGGAGACGAGGGAAAUCGUACGAUUGCGCUGCAAGCUCUGUAUCAUAGAGUAAUUCGAUAACAUACACACACUUAUGUUAAAACCAUAAUUUUACAAAUUGUGUAUUGUACUGUGUUCUUUUACUGAAGCGAGGCGGCUUCGUCCAAACUGUCUCGCCUGUUCCUUUCUGUCCGUCUCUAAUAUAUAUGACGUUUUGAUGAUUUCGUUAUAGGCCUGUUGCCCCUUUUUCCGGAGAUUCGCGUUGUUUUGUAUUAACGAGUGACCAAUAUCGCACAAAAAUCCGCUGCAGAGUUUGCGUUAUAAAGAUUGAAUUGUAUUGAGAAAGUUUGCGGCGUAUUGUGAAAACUUGUAUAACUCGAGCGAUAUUAUUCAGUCGAUAAUAAUAAGUGUCAUGGCGAACAUUUUUUUUACACUGUAGGAUUAUUCGAGGGUCGAACGAUGAAUUUUUGGAAAAUUGGGCAAGCGAGUCGUAUACAUGUUGUACAUAUAGAUAAUUAUAAUUAUGUAUAAUUUACCGAUCAUAAUAUACCUAGUUUAGAUUAUUAUAUAACGAAUGCAAAAUUCAAAUCAACGAUCAUAAGAUACUUUUAUACUUAUUUAAAAAAAAAAGAAUUGUAAUUAUAAUUAGACGUUAUUUAUAAAAAAUACAGGAUUAAGCAUAAUCAUCAACUUCGGAAGUAAGCUCGAGAAUCGCAUGAUUCUACAGUGUAGAGAUGAACAAACGCAAGUACAUUGUGAAGUGUUAGUAACAAUAAUAGUUUUUCUCAGCGGUAGCCGAUAGAGCGAAGGCAACUUUCGCAAAUGUAACGAUUGGCGAAUAUGCAAUUUCGACUCUAUAUACGACAAAAGCGAGAAUAUACUUAGAGUAUAAGAAAAGAGUGCGGAACAUCACCGCAAUAGGAUCGAAGCUGUUUCAUGUAAAUAUUAUCUCGCGGCGACGAUUAUGAUAAUAAUGAAAAAAAUGUAAGGAUUAUAGCGAUGAGAUGAUGAGAAUCAAGUGUUUUUCCCCCUCGAGGUACAUGCUUUAACGUUUCUUGAGCGAAUAUGCCCCCUUCACGUCUAUGACGUCUAGGCUAUUAUUAUGUUAUAAUUAUUAUUGUUUCUUUGAUUAUUAAUUAUAGAAUAAUGUUCAUUGUACAUAAUUAAGAGAGAAAAAAUUAUCUGAAUAAAUCAUUAAUAAUGGUGCUUUAAUA